GAAGGUUAUGUCAAAGUGACACAUACUGAAGUUAGAUCUGGUAUUUAAGGAAUUAGUUUCUUCUUAUUUUUUUUUUUUUGCUGUAACAUUUAAGUUUCCUUCUCAUGUCUUCCGGUUAUUGAUAAUCCUACUGUUGUAAUCGUUUUACUUAUCAGUUUAAACUGACUAACAAUAUGUCAUGGAUUAAUGAAAUAGCUGGCAAGGCAGAAGAUUUCCUUAACAAAAUUGAUAGUGGUGCUGCUACUGUGUUGAAAAAAGAUAAGAAAAAAAAGAAGAAAAUACCUGUUACUCAAGAUGUUUUUGUUGAAGAAAACAUGCACCAAGAAAAAUACAGUCCACCAGUUUUAAAAAAAGUAUCACCUAAACACAGCAAUACUGUUAACCUAAGUGAAGAAAUAAACCAUGUUAAACCCAUUAACGAAGAAGAUAAACUUAUUCAAUACUUGAAUAAUUCAUCAAUUGACAUUGAUGCUUUGCAGGAUGUCACUAAGGUACAAGAUACAUCUACAACUCAACCGAAAAAUACUAAAAUUAACAUUGAUGAAAUUCAGAAAGAUACUAUAGUUAACCUGAAAAAUGAAAAUGAAAUGCUUAGGAAUGAAGUUCGUAGUUUGUCUAGUGAAAUGUCAUUGCUAAUGAAUCGGACUAAGUCUUCAGAGAGAGAGAUGACCCUUGCUAAAUCUUUAUUAUCAAAAAAGGAAGGAGAUAGUGUUGUUUUAGAAAAGGAAAUAGCUUCAUUAAAACAAAGGAUAACAAAUUUAGAAAAUGAUAAUGCUGAGCUGUGCAAUGAAAAUAUGAAUUUAAAAAAGUCACUGAAUAAAACUGGUAAAGAUCAGCUUGCUUUAGAAAGUGUUGAAGCAAAACUUUCUCAAUGCCAAUUGGAUGCCCAACAUAAAGAAGAAGCUCUGAAAGGAGAUAUUGCUUCUCUUCGAAUCAGGGUCAGUGAAUUAGAACAAACUCUCUUAAAGGACAGGAGUGAAAAUGCCAAGGAGUUGUCAGAGGCUAAUGCCAGGGUUCAUGAAGCCAGAAAGGAAUUAGAAGAAUAUCGAACUAAGGCUCAAUGGACAUUAAGUGAAAAAGAAAAACUUAUUAAUGAAUUGAAAAAACAAAAUGGAAAUUCAAAUGCUGAAAGUUUUGUGAACCUAGAACUGCAACAAUCCAGCGAGGAAAAGGCUAAACUCAUCGAUGAGUUGGAAGAUAUAAGAAAAAAGCUUGAGAAUUCUAGGAAAGCAGAAUUGGAAGCAGAAAGGAGGCUUGAGACGGUAAGAGAAGAAGCAGUUGCAGCUUUGAGGUCAUCCCAAGCGAGGCUGGCAGAAGAAACCGCUCGGAGGCUAGCUGCUGAAGAACAUUCAGCCUCCCAUGCUGAGGAAUUGCAUAGCGUUAGAGAAGAGCUAUGGAGGCAAGUUGGUUCUCUUAAUUCCAGGUUAAAAGAGAGGGAAAGGGAGCUGACAAGACUGCGCAAACAGUUAUCUGAGCGUGUUGUGACUAGGCCGGAACCAGAGCUCACCGCAGCUCUGGUUCAGAAGCAGGAAACAAUAGAACAUUUGACCGUGGAGUUGAGCCAGUUGAGGCUACAGCUUGAAAGGGUAAAGGCUUCCUAUGGCCAAGAUUUAAAUCACAGUCAAGCACUCUAUGUUAACGAUACAGAUGAUGCCAAAGCUCAACUUCCUAGUUUUAUGAUGCAUACACCUUUUGAUAGGAGUGUCAAAAAAGCUUACAGCUGUGUUGAAGCUCUAAGUCGAUGUAUAAUCUUACGAAGACAUCCAUUUGCUAGAAUAAUUUUAUUUUGUUACUUGGUUGUCCUUCAUUUAUGGCUAUGUUUAGUGCUGUUUUUUAGUACUCCUGAUACCAAAAUGCAAGUUUAAUUUAUAAAUAUUUGAUUUAUUUUUGUAAGUUAUUUUAUAUAACAAAAAAAAAAAGAGAAGAAAUAUAUGUAUAUAAUUAAAAUAUUUUGUUAUUUG